AUUGAGUUAAACCAGUUCGCGCGUUUUUUUGACAUUCGCAAAGUUAACCUGUUUGUUUUUUGUAACGACACUGUUUUCUCGUUAAAUCGUGUAAAAAGCUUUAUUUAGUGUUUAGUUUCGUUAAAUUGGUGGUUUAUUAAGUGAAACAAUAAUGAGUUCUCCAGCCCCCGAUACACCGUCAGAGCGAGAUGGAGCACGAUCCAGGAUGACAUCACCAGCGCGCGACUAUGAAAUGUUUGAAGAUGAGAGUGCUAUCCUUGGAGACAACCCUGAGGAGGAAGAGGAUGAUGGAGAGGAACUCUUCAAUGAUAACAUGGAGGCUGACUACCGUCCAAUGCCAGCGUUAGAUCGGUAUGAUGCAGAGGACUUGGAUGAAGAUGACUAUGACCCCAUGUCAAUACAAGAUCGAGUGGCUGCUGAGCAGGAGUUAAGAAGGAGGGACAGAGAAGAGGGUCGCAACAGAAGAGAUGAUCGUGAUUUGUUGUAUGAUGAAUCAGACGAAGAAAGCACGGGUGCUCCGCGGGCGAAGCGCCGUCGUGCUGCCGAGAAAGCGGCCAUGGGAACUGAUGAACAAGUGGAGGAGGGAAUUGAGAGUAUUGAGAACUUGGAGGAUACAAAGGGAUACACUACCAAGGAGUGGGUCUCUAUGCUGGGACCGAGGACUGAAAUUGCUAACAGGUUCAAAAACUUCCUCCGUACGUACACAAACAGUAAGGGUCAGUUUGUAUACAAGGAGCGCAUCCGUCGUAUGUGUGAGCAUAACCAGGCAUCCUUCCAUGUUGAGUUCGAUGUACUGGCUCGGAGGGAACAGGUCUUGGCGUACUUCUUACCUGAGGCCCCGUUCCAGAUGUUGCAGAUUUUUGAUGAGGUAGCAAAAGACAUAGUCCUACAAAUAUUCCCUAGCUACGAGCGAGUGACCUCAGAGAUCCAUGUACGCAUCUCAGAUCUCCCACUCAUAGAAGAACUAAGAACAUUCCGGAAACUUCACUUAAACCAACUUGUGAGGACAGUGGGAGUUAUAACUGCCACUACAGGAGUCCUACCGCAGCUGUCUGUAGUCAAAUAUGACUGUAAUCGGUGUGGGUAUAUCCUGGGACCAUUUGUCCAGACCCAAAACUCUGAAGUCAGACCCGGAUCUUGUCCGGAAUGUCAGAGUGCUGGACCUUUCAUGGUAAACAUGGAACAAACAGUAUACCGUAACUACCAAAAGGUGACGAUCCAAGAGUCUCCCGGCCGCAUCCCCGCCGGUCGUAUCCCACGGAGCAAGGAUUGUAUACUGUUGGCAGAUCUCUGUGAUAGAUGCAAGCCGGGAGAUGAAGUGGACCUCACUGGGAUCUACACUAAUAAUUAUGAUGGAUCGCUUAAUACUGAACAGGGUUUCCCAGUAUUUGCAACAGUAAUCAUAGCAAACUACAUAGUAGUAAAAGACUGCAAGCAUAUUGUGGAAUCUCUAACUGAUGAAGAUGUGGCCACUAUUGUCAAGUUGUCCAAGGAUCCACGCAUCGGAGAGAGGAUUGUGCAAAGUAUUGCUCCUUCUAUAUUCGGACACGAUUAUAUUAAGAGGGGACUUGCUUUAGCACUGUUUGGUGGGGAGCCAAAGAAUCCAGGUGAUAAGCACAAAGUAAGAGGAGACAUCAAUGUUCUUAUAUGCGGUGACCCUGGUACUGCCAAAUCACAAUUCUUGAAGUACACAGAAAAGAUCGCGCCCAGAGCAAUCUUCACAACGGGCCAGGGUGCCAGUGCAGUCGGUCUUACAGCUUAUGUGAGGAAGAAUCCUACUACCAGAGACUGGACACUAGAAGCAGGUGCCCUAGUACUAGCAGACCGUGGAGUGUGUCUCAUCGAUGAGUUUGACAAAAUGAACGACGCAGACCGCACCUCCAUACACGAGGCCAUGGAACAACAGUCCAUAUCUAUUUCCAAAGCCGGUAUCGUGACGUCACUGCACGCUAGAUGUUCAAUAAUAGCGGCCUCCAAUCCCAUAGGCGGUCGUUACGACGCGUCGCUAACGUUCUCUGAGAACGUGAACUUGUCCGAGCCAAUCUUGUCUCGUUUUGAUGUGCUCUGUGUCGUAAGGGAUGAGGCAGAUCCUAUGCAAGACGCUCAUCUUGCGAAAUUCGUAGUAUCGUCCCACAUCCGCCACCACCCGACGCAGCGCGGCGCCACGCUGGAGGACAGCAACGCCCCCGACCCGGAGUUCGUACUCCAACAGGAUCUACUCAAGAAGUACAUCGUCUAUGCCAGGGAGAAUGUCCAUCCUAAACUACAGAACAUGGACCAAGACAAAGUAGCGAAGAUGUACAGUCAACUGCGACAGGAGUCUCUCGCUACAGGCAGCUUGCCGAUCACAGUGCGUCAUAUUGAGUCUGUGAUCCGUAUGAGCGAGGCUCACGCUCGGAUGCACCUGCGUCCCCAAGUGUCGGAGGAGGACGUGAACAUGGCCAUCCGCACCAUGCUGGAGAGCUUCGUCGAGACACAGAAGUACAGCGUCAUGCGGGCUAUGAGACAGACAUUCCAAAAAUACCUUUCAUACAAGAAGGACCACAGUGAGCUCCUCUACUACAUCCUACGUCAACUAACAAUGGACCAACUAGCAUACAUGAGAGGUUUACACAACCAUUCCCAGUCUACCAUCGAAAUAUCUGAGAGAGACCUCCUAGAAAGAGCCAGGCAGAUCAACAUCAGUGACUUAAAACCAUUCUAUGAUAGCAGAAUCUUCAAAAUGAAUAGUUUUACUUAUGAUGCCAAGAGGAAGGUUAUUGUACAUGUCUUGCCUGAUACACCGUCUAGUGCCGCUUCGUAAGUUGUAUUUAAGGGUUUUUUAAUUUGAUUGGCCUUUCGUAUGCAGUUUUUGUAAGAGGUGUGAGUGAUUUGGUAUAAUUAUGAGAUACUUAAGUUUUUUUUUCUGCCGCCCUCUGAGACUUUUAAUGAUUAGGUACUCAAACUGUUUCUUAUGCUACGUUCAGACGCGCGCGUUCGACUCCACAUUCAACGUGCACAUUCACAUUCACGAGCGUGUAAACGGUAUGCCCGAGCCCGUGAACGCGCCUGUGAACGUGAACGCCGCGGAUCGGACAAGUGGCGGUUUUUUGGCAAAGUUCAAAGGAUGAAUGUGCGGGCGCCCGGUGACCGUUUACACGCGCGCGGGCAGUCAUUCUCUCCCGCGCUUUCGCGACGAGUGCAUCUUCAUUCAUCGUUAUAUUUAACGUUUAAUUAAAUUAAUUAAAUUAAAUUGUAUUUAACGUUUUAUUUUUUACGUCAUUUCAUUCAUAAAAAUAAGUUAAGCCAAAGGAUAUGGCAGCAGCAACAUUGACAUCCUAGCUGCUCGCUGCUCGCCAUUCUGGCACUGACUGACACGACGGCGUGCGUGUGAACAACUUGAAUGUCCGCCGGCCCGGGGCGGGCUGCAUGCCGUGCAGCCCGCCAGGCAGCCCGCCAGGCUGCACGGCGCGCGUCUGAACGUAGCAUUACGAUUUUGUAUCGAAGGUUAAGUAACCAUUUAAUGACUCUGAGUACGUCGGUUAGCAUGAUUCUCGAAUACGAUGCGAUUUACUUGAUAGUUAUUUUUUUUUUUAAAUCGGCGGUAAUAAGAUUUCGCUCUGUAAUGGAUGCCUCCAUCCAUUUUCUUGUGUUGUGGCGAGCGCUUGCCACUGGUAACGUGUAUGUCUAGCGAUAGACCUCUCCAUGAUGACGGCAUACGAAAGGUAAAGUCUAAUGAUUUAAAAAUAAAUCAGUGCUCAGAUACUAUAAAAAAUAUAUCUGAAAAAACUCCACCCUCAUGUGAAUCAUUACACGGAUUUGUGUGAUAGAUACUUUGUGGAUUGACGAGUGUCUCUAAGAAUUUGGGUCGUUUUCCCAGUAAGAAUAUGUAUCGCAGGUUUACCUUUUUGUACGGGUUAACUCCUUACGUAAAAUACAUGUGUUUGUAUUUUGUGGAAAUACCACUUUCAAAUCUUUGACUGCCAAUAGAAAACUGUUGAAGGCAAAUCCUCCGCUAACGUCGGUCACCGGUGACCGCCACGGGGUUCAAUGUGUUUAGCAAUGUUCUCCUAUUUACCUUCAUACACUCAAGAAAUAUAAAAAUAGAGAACUUGACGCUAACGCCAAUCCACAAGGUAUCAUAAUCACAACAAUAUUCACCCACCCACCUUUAAAAUAUCACUACAAUAAAUAAAAGCUUUAAACAUUGUAACAAUCAUUAUCUUUAGUUAUUAUCGUAAUUGUAAUGUUAUGUAGCUACAUAUGUGUAAUUAAUUUUAGGUUUUUAUCUCUUAACCUUUUCAUUUAAUGUUUGUCUUUUGUUUAUAUUUGUUUCGUUUCUUCGUUUAUUAUCAAACUAUAUAAAACCAGUAUAAACUGACCGUCGAAUGUAUGGCAAGAUCAUACAAAGCGAGGCUAUGAUACACUGGUUCUUAUACAGAAUUUUACAUAGAAUUCGUCGUAUUGACGAAUACCCCUUAACGUCUUUAUUUUUUGCACAAACUUUAAAUCUUCUAUUUCAAAUCCAUACAUAUAGGUACUUUUUAACAGUAUUAUAAAAACUAAACUGUAGGUACAGCAAUCAUAGAAAUUAAUUACUUUGAGAAACAAAAUUCUGUAAUAACAGAUCCGAACUCCGAACAAAAUCAAUCUACCUUCUAUUCAAGUAGUGGAUCUAAAAUAAUACACGAUCGAACAUCUUCGAAAUAGAAACAACCCUUGUGAAAUAGGUCAUCUAAGCUAUUUCGUAACAAUAUUCGUCUGGAUUCUAGACUACCUAAUACUAAGCUAGAAAACAGACAGAUUAGGUAGAAGCUAGUCUGACCAUAACUUAGAAGGAAAGCGAUUUGAUUAUAUUUAUAAUGUGUUAUUCUUCGUGUUUAGCAGUGUACAUUUAAUUUUUAUUUGUUAUCCAAUGAUGGUGAUUGAUUCAGAAAAUCUAGCUAAGUAUGCCAGUCGUAAGAUUUAUAUACAUCAAACUAAUCCAUAGUUGUGUUUUUGCAAAUAAAUGUAUGGAACUGAUUUUCCCUAAAUACGUAAAUGGUAAAUAAUAUACUGCGAUAAUAAUCAUCACGUAAAAUUAUGUCUAUGUUAAGUCUAAGUGCCUUUGUCAGUACAAACUCAAAAUUUGACCUAUUAUAAAUAAGUUGUUAAUUGUAAUGUUUUUUGAUAAAUCAAUGUUUUCAAUUUGUGAUUUUGAAAUAAACAGAUUAUUGUAACCAAAUUACUAUUUUUUAUUUUCUUACUGAUAUAGUUUCGUAGUGAAGAAUAGAAGACAUUGUGUAGACUCCCAUAAAACUUGAUAAAGGCAGAAGGAAAAAAAUUAUAAGUAGCUGUACUAGCGACCCUCUUCUCUCAAAUGUAAGAUAUUGAUGAAAGGGCAGUACUAGUUUAGCUGUAAAUGUAGGUACCUCAACAAGUAUAUAUUGCUUAUUUCGUACACCCUCAAAUCAAAUAAAGACUGCACGGUUGCGGUGGCUGGCCAACCGACUGCCACGCAACGUGUAGCGGGUCCGAUUCCCAUACGGAGCAACUUUGUAUGAUCGACAAAUAGUCGUUUCGGCUCUGGGUCUCAUGUGUUUGUGAAUUUGUACGUUUGUAAACGCAUCUACGACACAGGCAAAUCCUAGGGUGUGGCAACUUUUAUCGAAUUUUCUUGACUAAAUGAAAUACACGCCCGCCAAUUUCGCUGUGAUCCCCUCAUCCCCCACUCUAGAUCUUAGAUCUACUUCGCCUUUUAAGUUGCUGAAUCAGGUAAAUGUAAAAUUAUUUAUAUACCUAUCGUUUCUAAAUAGUAAUAGAUACAAAAGGUAAAAUAAAAGGUAUGUUCAAUAAAAGACUUAUUUAUUCCCAUUUAAAUUAUAUUUCGUUUUAUAUCAAAAUUCUUACAUUCUUUCUAUUUUAAAUCAUGAGACUAUGUAAUUGAAGAGACAUUUUACUAUACAGUCUUAGAAAAUAUUACGUCUAUGACAUGUAUAUAAUGUAAUAGAUAAUUUAAUUUCUAUGCUAUUUUAAAUUAACACAGCAGUUUCACAAAGCAUAAACAAUAAAAAUACUAAAUCUCCACUAACAGCACUGACUCCAACAAAUUAUAGUUUAAAACCAUAGAGUAUUCAUAAACUUUGGCUUCAAGUGUUUUAAUAAUGUAGUUAGUGGAAAUAAAGCCCUACAUUACAUAUCAAAUAUCAAAUUCCUACAAAUACAUCUCAAUAAUUCAUACAAUCUCACAUAAAAUGACUUUUAGCAUCUUAUAAGAAUCAAUUUAGACUACAAACAUUCAACAAGUUCACAGCAUUAUAACUAGGAAGAAUGGCGCCAAACCCAUUUAGCUCCUUUACUAACAUCAAGUUUUUUUUU